GUUUAUGAAGAGUUUAUUUGAAAUUACGGAUAUGUUUUAAGUCUAGAAUCUGAUUACAGACUAGUGAGUUUUAUAUGAUUUGUGACUAAGUUGUUAUCUAAAAUCUAAAUUAGUAAAAAUAAAAUAUGGAUUCAGAUAAGGCCAUACAGCUUCAACAUCAAAUACGAGAAAAUAAUGAAGAUCUUCAAAGUUUUUUAAGAGAACUGAACAACUGGGAAAGUGAAAUCAAACGCAAAGAUGAGGAGUUGAAAUCACAAAAACGUUCGGAAACAGAACUUUUGAAGGACCUACCACCAGUUCGUACCAAAAUAUCAAAGCCAAAAACCAAGAAGAAGAAAAAAGAAGUUAAAACAAGUGAAAAUGAAAAUUCAGCUGAGCAAAAACCAGUGAGAAUCUCUAGCUUUGAUUACAAUGCUUGGAACAAGUUUGAUGUGGAAAAAGUCCUCAAGGAUAUGGAUCAAAAUUCAAAUGUGAAAUCAGAUAGUGAAAACAGUGAGGAAGAAGAGAUAUUACAGAUUCAAAGACAAAAGCAGAAAGCUUUCUUGGACAAAGAAAAGGGAAAUGAAUAUUUUAAAGAAGGCAAGUAUGAUGAAGCAAUUGCUUGUUACACUUUAGGAAUUCAGAGUGAUCCAUAUAAUGCUGUACUGCUAGCAAACCGUGCUAUGGCCUUCCUGAAAAAAGGACA